AUGGGUCGCAGGAUCGAUCGACUCAGGCCAAUCCACGACAACAGACACACCGUCAACUACAACAACUGCAACGACGACUACAACUACAACUGCAACUACGACAACUACAGCAACAACAACUACAACUGCACCAACGUCGGCGACGACAGUCCGCCCCCAUCAUCACCGUAUAGUCCACACCCAUCAUCACCGUCUAGUCCGCCCCCAUCAUCACCGUCUAGUCCACACCCAUCAUCAGAGUCUAGUCCGCCCCCAUCAUUACCGUCUAGUCCACACCCAUCAUCACCGUCUAGUCCGCCCCCAUCAUCACCGUCUAGUCCACACCCAUCAUCAGAGUCUAGUCCGCCCCCAUCAUCACCGUCUAGUCCACACCCAUCAUCACCGUCUAGUCCGCCCCCAUCAUCACAGUCUAGUCCGCCCCCAUCAUCAGAGUCUAGUCCGCCCCCAUCAUCACCGUCUAGUCCACACCCAUCAUCACCGUCUAGUCCGCCCCCAUCAUCACAGUCUAGUCCGCCCCCAUCAUCACCGUCUAGACCACACCCACCAUCACCGUCUAGUCCGCCCCCAUCAUCACCGUCUAGUCCGCCCCCAUCACCAACGUCUAGUCCACACCCAUCGUCACCUUUUACCAAUAGCAAGAAACCACCAGUAAUCUCCACGAAAGCUGCCUCAGUCAACAAGGAAACGACGGAGGACAGAAGUGGACACAUCACUCUCAAAUAUGGUUUCCACGAAGCAUUUGGUGAUUUGUCUGAUUGUGCACCUGGGAUGAAUGCUUGUGCAGAUACCAUGGCCAGUGAAAUAGAUGCAGCAACAGGCGAUACAAGCCUCGUUUGUCAAGCUGUAGAUAAGUCUCUUUCGUGCAUUGCCACGGAAACGUCUUCAUGCGAUGUACUCGCCAAGGCUCAAAUUGCAGGCGCUAUGACGAAUUUCAUCGAAACUUACAUAGGACCUGACUUCAACUGUACACUAGCUAACGCCAAUGACCCAGCAUUCCAGACAGACGCCUGCGGUGACGCCAUGUCAUACUGUAGCAACUUCUACUUCGAGGCUGAAUUCUCCCAAGAAAUGAUCGACGCAUGCGCAUUGUUCGACCAGUAUUUCACGUGCAUGUCGACAAAUACAUCUGUAUGCACGGACCCGACUGCUGUCACAGAGAUCCAAAACGCUGUCGACAAGACCAGGACAAUGGCAAAUGGAGAAUUCUACUUUUGUGAAGAAAGAAAGCAGUAUUCACUGGAUGCUUGUGAUAGCGGAUUUGAUCAAUGCGUGGCCCCAAUUUCCAGUGUAGGAAGUGGAAAGGAAGCUUGUCAGACAGUGGAUACGAUGAUUUCGUGCGUUGGAACGUUAACGGCUCUCGCCAGUGGGACCUGUAGUCCCAGACAGUCUACUCUCUACCAAGGAACCGCCAAGACCAUGUCUGAAUCCUUCACAGGAAGCCCGAACUUCUGUCUCUGGGACGACAACGCCUCUUCAACGAAUAUUUUGUCAACAGUUAACGCUGCAGUAGCUGUUUUGGCAUACUUAAUGACGUCGUAA